UUAGUCUAAUGAGAUGUUUGCAGCUGGAGAGCUGAGCUGCUGGAGACUUACAGUGUGCUAACAGACAGGGAGAAGAUGGCUUUUGCAAUAGUCUGGGUGCAUGUGCUGAAAGUCAUAUGCCCGUUAGGUCGAAAUACCUGGUCUCUGUAAGACACUGAUCAGUGUUUUAACAUAAGCAAUAGCUCCUCUGCAUAUGAGUCACUUGUCCUCGCUGCCUCCAAGACUGGAUACUGUUGACAUGCAGUCUCCAAGAAUACCUGGUAGAAAACGAGGAAGACCCCCACUCCAUUCUACUCCGAUGAAAAUGGCUGUUCACAAUCUCUAUUCAGCGCCGUCUGGUUCCUUGCCAGUAGUGAAGAUCCCAAAGAAGAGAGGAAGAAAACCCGGGUACAAGCUGAAGUCUCGUGUUCUGAUGACUCCUUUAGCAAUCUCUCCUCCAAGAAGCACACCAGAACCUGAUAUUAGUUCAAUCCCUCAGGAUGCAGCUACAAUACCCAAUUCGGCUGCCCCACAAGCUCUCACUGUCUGCAUUUACGUCAACAAACAGGCAAACAUGGGGCCAUACCUUGACAGGAAAAAAGUGCAACAGCUUCCAGAUCACUUUGGCCCUGAAAGACCUUCCAUGGUCCUACAGCAGGCAGUUCAGGCAUGCAUUGACUGCGCACAUCAGCAAAAGACUGUCUUCUCACUUGUCAAGCAGGGCUAUGGAGGCGAGAUGGUGUCAGUUUCUGCUUCGUUUGAUGGGAAGCAGCACCUCCUGAGCCUGCCAGUAGUGAACAGCAUUGGCUAUGUCCUGCGCUUCCUCAAAAAGCUCUGCCGCAACCUACUGUGUGACAAUCUCUUCAGUAAUCAGCCUUUCCCACAGUACAGCAGCACCUCUGGAAACCCAACGCAGUACGAGAAUGGAAGGCUUGAGUCAGAAACUAUCAUACCUGAAGAUUACCUGAUUGACCCUAUGAACAUGAAGCGCUACAGUGUUGAUCCUUCUGAUUCUGCCUUUAAUUGCAUGGGCUCCCUGUAUACCAUGAGACAGAGCUCUGGAGAUGGACAUCUUGCUGGAGGCUCCUCUUCCUCUUGCAGUCAUCGUUCCGGUCCGAUGUCCUCCGGGGGACCAUCAUCUACUGGUUUGAGGCAUCAGACAUCCAGCCCAACUAGAAACGGAACCUAUCUUGAAGGAAACAGAAGUGCCUCAAGUCCUUCGCCGGAAAGACAAGAUACAGCUCGGCCAUCAAGCAAGAACCCUUCGACCUGGACUGUCGAUGACGUGGUUUGGUUUGUGAAGGAUGCAGACCCUCAUGCAUUAGGUCCACACGUGGAGCUUUUCAGAAAACAUGAGAUUGAUGGCAAUGCUUUAUUGUUGCUGAAAAGUGACAUGAUCAUGAAAUACUUGGGGCUGAAAUUGGGACCAGCAUUGAAACUUUGUUACCACAUCGAUAAACUCAAGCAAGCAAAGUUCUGACAUUUCCUUGAACAGUGACCCAAUCUCAACAUAAUCCCAGAUAGCAGACUAAAGGUAACAUGUUGCCUUACAGAAAUACAUCAACUUGUGAAUUGUUUUUCUCUCUUUUUUAACAAAGACUUUGUCUUUUUUAAUACUUGUGCAUCUUCACCUUUUUUUAAUCCAAUGGGGUCUUUUGGCUGUUCUGUGUUAAUAAUUUGCCAAAAAGUAUAUAAUUACAAUAAUUAUUUUAUAUCAUUAAUAUUGUUAUUAUGAUUAUAGUAAGUCCUAUUUUUGUAAUCAGAAGUGGGAAAUUGGAAACAAAUACAGCUUUGAUACAUGCUGAGGAUUGAUGAGAGACUAUAGAAGAGUCACUCAUUAGCCACCUGUCAGCCUCUGGGGCAUAAUUAGUAACUUUCCAACGUCUGGGGUGUGGUUCUAAUGCAGACCCAAGAACAAGAGCAUUAUGAGAUAAAAGGCCUGGAAAAGGUCCGAUUAAUGCCCAUUGUUUGGUCAGCUUUUGUUGUCUUAUAGGCACUACCCCACGUCUUGCACUAUCUGGAAAACUUGAAAUUCUUUAGUUAAAAAAAAAGUUUUUCUGAAGACUGAAGUACCUUGUUUUCCCACUAGAGGGAAAAAAUCCUACUAAACUCCAGGCUUUAGCUGCUGAUGACAUGGUGGCUUUCUAUAGGGUGUGAUUGACCCACCUUGAUUUUAGUCUGGUAUACACACAAAUUAAGCUCCUAGCAUGAUCGACCCAUCACUGCUCACGGACAACUAGUUCACCGUUUAGAAACACCAAAUGCAGAAAGUGUUCCUGAUAGGAUGCCACAACACACUGCGUCUCGUUAAGUCAAAGAGUGGUUGGAUAGCUCCCAGAGCAUCUGGCGUUCUCAGCAGUCUGCCUCCUUCCUUGAGCCAUGCCUGUGUGCCAUAUAUUUUGUGGCACUCUUUAAAAAAGCAAAAGAAUACAGUGGAAAUGUUCUCCAAAAAGAAGUUGAAAACACAACGCACACUGUACAUUUGCAACUGUGUUGGAUCUAAAAAGUAGAUUUUCUAGAUUAAUUUCCUGACUGAAGCUGCCAUUGUGGGUAAUCUUGUUAACGUUCAGCACAUAUGCAGAGGUGCUGAGCUUUAGGACUUAAGUGGAUUCAAAAUGUCCUUCUGCACCAUAAAAGAACCAAAAAAACCAUGAUUGUCCACAUCUUAUGUAGCCAUGCCAGGACGAGUAUAUUUUUAAAAAAUAGUAGAUUACUUAUGGGUUGGAUAUGCUCUUAUUUUCUUCUUUAAAAAUGAGAUUUAUCAAAAGGAUACCUCCACCAGUUCAGCUUAAACAGCAUUCCCUUUAAAUGAGUAUCCAGAUUUUUUAGCACUCUUUGAGAUAGGGCUGUGUGAUAGCCAGGCUCAACCUGUCUCAGAGAAUGGAUUCCUGAACCUCUACAUGGCAGUGAUAAGACGGUACCAUCCAAUUCUGUUCAUGUAGAAUAAAAUGUUACCAAAAAUGUCUUGCAGAAUAAAACUCAUUUUUAUGUGCAACAUUAGAAUAAACCUGCUACAAAAAGGUACAAAUUCAGGGCCUGUUCCUGAAAACACAUAUGAAUGUGAAUAACUUUAAUCCCCUGAGUAGUUUAAUAGAACUCACUGGGGUUAUUCACAUGAGUAAAGUUACUUAGGUGCUUAUAUGUUUGCAGCAUCAGAUCCGCAAAUGACUGACCAGUUUUCAACAAGUCCUGUAUGCACACUGGAAUGCCUUUGAAAUGAACACCUGAAUAAAUGUGUUGAAUGAAAUUCCUAUAAUACUAAGUAUAAAAUAUACUAAUAUCUAAACAUACUGACUAUUAGAACUUUAAACGGAGCUACAUUGCUUUAUGUCCAGGUUGCACAGAAUGAAAAUCUGCUCAGCCAGAUGUGUGCUUGGGACAUAAAUGUGUUCACACCAACAUGACGGUUAUACAGUUCAUUGUUCACCAUUGCAUUUUUGAAAGUUGAGUCUUUUACUUACAAUAAUGCUACUUAUUUGACCCGCUUUUAAAGUCAGCCCAAAAGAGUGUAAAGACCUUGAUAUAUCUGUAAUGUCAUGCUCAGCAAAUCCUAGGACAAUCUAGUUUUCUUACAUGUUCUUCAGUGUAGCCCAUCUUUCUUAUUUAAAAAAAAAAACAACUCUCAGAUUUUAGUUCCUUCCAUCCAAAAACUCACUUCACUGUAAUA